CAAAAUUCUGCUCAGCAUCACCGAUCGUCGAGAUGGGAGGAAUUGACGUGAAGAACAAGGUUUGCCCUUUAGUUUAUCAAUUUUUGAUUGAUAAUGGGUUUGAAAAGACGGCAAAGGCCUUCGCAAAGGAAGGAAAUAUCCAAACUGCUGAAAAAAAGACACCUAAGAAAAGUUUGGUAGAUUUAUUGUCUCAUAAGGAAAUUGUCUCUUACGUUUCAGACGAAAAAGAAAAAGCUACUGAAAAGGGAAAGAAAAAGUCCAAGGAGGAAAGCAGUGAUGAAUCUGACUCUGAGUCAGAGUCUACAUCUUCAUCUGAUGAGGAAUCUUCUUCUUCUGAUUCAGAAGAAUCCUCCUCUUCUUCUUCUUCAAGUGAGAGCGAAUCCUCUGAUAGCGAAGAAGAAUCUUCAGACUCUUCAAGUGAAUCUAGUUCUUCCUCUUCCUCCUCAUCUGAUGAAGAAUCUCGCUCCUCUUCUUCUGAUGAAGAGGAUAGUUCUGACAGCAGCUCUUCUGAGUCUGAAUCUUCUUCUGAAUCCUCAUCUUCUGAAAAAAGUGAUUCAAGCUCUUCCAGUGACGAAUCCGACUCGGACUCCGAUGACAAAUCCAGCUCAUCAGAUGAGGAUAGUGACUCUGAGUCGAGCUCUUCUAGUAAAUCUUCUUCCUCCUCUGAUGAAAGUUCUUCAUCCAGUGAUUCCUCAUCUUCUGAUUCAGACUCAGAUUCCGAAUCAGAAAAAAGCAGCUCGGAGUCCUCUAGUGAAGAAUCCAAAGCAUCCUCUUCAUCGACCAGUGGCUCUGCAGCAUCUGAAAACGCUAACAAGCGCAAGCACGAGGAUUCUCCAAGUGAUACAGCUUCAUCGAAAUCUUCCCGUGUAGAAAACAAGCCUUUUAGUCGAGUUGGUGAUCCUUCUCAAUGGCAGUUUGCUUCUGAUGCUCAUAAGAAUAAUUCCUUCAACUUUGGCGAAGAUGAUUAUGGUGCCAAGGCUAAUCAAGACUUGAGUGUUACUCGCGGUAAAGGAUUCCGUCAAGAGAAGAAUAAAAAGAAACGUGGUAGUUACCGUGGUGGUAGAAUUAAUUUGGAAGUAAGAAGCAUCAAGUUUUAAUCGUUCUCUCUUUCUUUCAUUCUUUUUUUGGUUUAGACAGGUUUAUUACGGAUAGGAAUGCGUCGCUUUAUAUCAAUAUAUUUAUAGUAAACAUUGGUAGGACAGGAAACAUUGUGCAUCAAUUGCCCAGGCUUUAGGAAUGUUCUCAGUAAAACGUGCCGAGUCCUCUUUUGCGCAUCUAUUGUUUUCUUGGUGCCAAUCUAAUUAAAUCAAAAGCAUUAUAAAUAUAGUCUGAUAAUAGCGUUUCGCAAAUAAUCCACCCGGGAUGAAAAUAAAAAGCAGUGUAGGGCACUCGCGAUUGUGUAGUUUUCACUUUUUCUUAAAUAAAGAUUAACAUUACUGACAAACUAAUUGUAGUUUUGUAUUUCACAAUAAUUAC